UUGCACUUUACCGGCGUCUGUAGUUCAGCGGAGGCGACUCAUGAGACACACGGAGCGACGUGUUCUCUGUCAGCAGCGGUUUAAACGUACAUCCACCUGAGUUAUUCGCGCAGAAAUGUUGUGUUUAAGUGGGCUGUCGGUGGCUCUUGCUCUGGCUCUGGUGCCGGGUCCCGGUGAAGCCCUGAAGGAAGGAGAGUGUGAAGUGUGUGUGGCCUUCCUUGGGAAGUUUUACCAGUCACUGAAGGACAGCGAUGUAAAGUUCACCAGCGCAGACAUCGAGACGGCCAUCAUAAAGACCUGCAAAGAUGCUAAAGGCAAAGAAAACCGCUUUUGUUAUUACAUCGGGGCAACGAGUGACGCUGCAACCAAGAUGAUCAACGAGGUUUCCAAACCGCUCAGCUACCACGUCCCAGUGGAGAAGAUCUGUGAGAAACUCAAGAAGAAGGACAGUCAGAUCUGUGAGCUGAAAUACGACAAACAGCUGGACCUAACCACAGUGGACCUGAAAAAGCUUAAAGUGAAGGACCUGAAGAAGAUUCUGGAGGAGUGGGGCGAGUCCUGUAAAGGAUGCGCUGAAAAGUCCGACUUCAUCCGCAAAAUCACAGAGCUCAUGCCCAAGUACGCCCCUGCAGCCGCCAAAGCACGGACAGAACUGUAACGCAACAAAAACAAAAUACAAACAACCACACAAUUUUGGACUUGACGUGGACCAGUGAGGACCAGGAGGACCAGGAGCGGAUGGGGGGGGGGGGGGGUUGACAUGUUUGUCUCAGUCUAUUGUUUUUCUUUUUUUGAGGGUACACACACAUCUGGUAGUCACAGGUAUAGAUGCAGUGUAUACACAUAAGGCCGAUGUCCUUUACUUUUAAAUCCAGUGAGGGGAAUGAACAGUGUUUGCUGGGGAUGGAAGGUCGGGGAUGAAUGCAAAGCACAGGAGCAGCGAUUAAAGGGGAAGUUAGAGCAUUGGAAGCAGGUUUUCUGUUUAUGUCUUCAACACGUUUCACAGCACGUGGCUAGACAAGUGACAUUUGGCUGAAUUCUCCAUCAGUGUCAGGAUCCUUAAACCGUGAGGUGAGAGCUGCUGCUGGAAUUCACCACAUCAGAGCAGGUUUGUUGUUCAGUGUUGUUCCAGGAUCUGAAUCUGCAGCUGCUCCCAGCUCCUCUCUGAUACUGAUAGAUGAGUCAUCAUGUUUUGGAGAGUUUGUUUAGUUUCUGUUAAUGUUGCUCAGCUUUAAUUAUCACGAGGUUUUGUGGAGGAGGGUGAGUGCACCACCUCACCCGUUCUGAGACUUGAAGGAAUCGUUUGUAAUCUGGGGAAAUAGACUGAUUUGCGUCCUUGCUGAGACUUAGGUGAGACGAUCUGUCUCUGUCAUGUCUGAUGGCUAAAAAAAAAAAAUCAAGCUACAGCCACUGGACUUAGCUUAUCAUAGAGACUGAUGAGAGGGGGGGCGAUUACCCUGGCUCUGUCCGAAGGAAACCAAAUCCACCUUUAAAGCUCACUAAUUAAAAGGUUCCCACAAUGUCAAACCUUUGCUUCAAGGCCUGAGUUAACGUUAAAAAGCUCAUGGCCGUUGUCCAGUUGAGACGUUCACAUCUCCAGCACUUCCCUGUUUUAACCUCCACUGUAGUCUCUGUGUUUACUGUCAGCGGGGUCGCCCAUAUUCCAACCCGUCAAACAAAUGUGCAGUGAUUAAGAAGUGAAAUCUGCUUCAUGUUUUGUUUUUUUCUUAUUCAUGACACAGGGAAAAUAAUAGACCUGUUUGGGAUAUAGAUUAAAGUUUGGGAAAAAAAACAAGAAGGGACCAGGUGAAGACCUUCAGACUGAAUCUGCUCUAACUGAUCUGAGAAUGUUCCUGUUGAGAAGCUUCUCCCAAAGCAAGUUUUGCACAAUAACAUAAAUUCACAGAGGGCCUGGAGUGUGGGUGACAGAUGUUAAAGUACGUUUUGUCAGUGUCUGACACAGGAAGGCACAGCAGGCCUUCCACUGUCAGCAAAGUUAAUAUUUAGGUAAGAUAUUUAUUGAGGAUUUUUUUAUAUAUUUACAGUCUCUCACAGAUUCGCUUCUCUGUCAUUUCUAAUAUGUGAUGGUUAUUUUCCUGUUGUUGUUGGGAAUUUUAUUCUGAUUACUCCACAGAUGGUUUCUGUGCUGCAGCUGUUAAGUGUAGUGAACAUUGUAACUCAUGAAACACUGAACCCCUCAGCUCUAAUGCUGGUGUCGCCUGCAGUCUAAUCCAAUCAGGAACUGAUCACAGGACAGUUCAAACCUAAAAUAAAAACCAGGAAAUGAACAGGGUGUGAACUGAUAUUUAAAGUUUGAUCCCUCUCACUCGCACCAAGUCACAAAUUCAUAUAUUUACUUUUCUUUCACAUGUUGCAUAGACAGGUGAAACUGACCUGGUCUCCAUCACUGGCUCUGCCUCACCCCUGGACUGCUGGGAAAUUUUACUGUUUGAUGUAAGCAAAUGGUGUGUACUUACAAAAAAAAAAAAAAAAAAUCACAUGCUAAAACGUGAUACUUGAUAAGAUUUGAUAUGGAAAAUGAAAACUUAAAAUAUGCUGUUGUUUCACGUUGACCUUUCAUGUAAGGCCCAGUCAUUUGUUACAACUGUACUAUUCUACUUUUUCAUUAAAAUCUGUAAAACUC